UCCAGGACGACACACGCGCACUGUCAAACAACAACCAAGAAACAGCUCAAGCAAGCGCAGUCUCACUAUUUUAUUUUAUUUAAUAAAGUCUGAAUUUGAAGGUGAUACAUUUUUUAUGAAUUAAGUAUUUAUACUGCUCAUCUACACAAAAUGGAAGAGAAGCCAGCAGAACUUAAACAAGAAGUAAGUUCGGUUUCAGAAAGUAACGCAUUGGUUGGAAACACUGAAACAUUUGAUGUUCAGGCAAAUAGUGUUGGAGAAGAAGAAACUGAAACUGCGCCCUGUAAUGUAUCAGAAACUGUUGAGGAUGAGCCUCAUCUUUCCUUGGGUCCAAAAGAGGGGGAACUGACAGAAGAUGUGUCCAUGAUACCAUCUGAUGCUGAAACAAGUGGACCAGACACAAACGAGUCUGGAGCAUGUGUGGUAACAGAAGAGGAAGCUGAGACCGGACCCCUAACAGAUGAGACCAUGGAGGACACUGAAGGGCAUCAUAUUGAAGAAGAUCCAUCACACGAGGACACAGUGACAGCAGAGGAUGUAAAAGAAGAGGACAGACCUCCAGAUCUUGAUCCAGACAUGCCAGAGAGAGAGAUGUUCAAUUUUACUGAAGAACCACUUGUGCCUGUAGAAGAGGAAGAAGAUGUUAACUAUUAUGAACAUUUGGAUCUGAUACCUGAACUACAGGAAGAAAAUGACAGGCUCAGCAAGCUGAGUGAUCAGCUGAAGUCCAAAAUAGCAGAAUUCUUCAAUAGGAAGGCAGGUGAUGCUAAACAUCCAAAACUUGCAAAAGACAUCUCAGACCAGGAGCAGUACCAAAAAUACAUGGAUCAAAUAGAGGACCUGAAAUUGCAGUACCAGCAUAACUUAGAUAUCCAUCAGCAGCGUAUUGAGGACCUGUCCCAGCAAAGCCAAGAGAAACUAAACCAGGUUGAACGUGAGUUGCGUUCUUUCGCCUUACUGAAAAAUGAAGCUGUUAUGACAGUAGUGACUGGUAAAGUGGGCAAGCAGGCAACACUAGAAAAAAUGAAUCAGUUACAGGCAGAUGAACAGAAGAGGGAGGACGAACUGGUAUGUGUGCGGAUGAAAAAUAUUAAAUUAAAGAACAAAAUACAUCAAUUAGAGGCUGCAUUUCAGUCUCAACAGGAGUUAGCUGAUGGCUUGCUUCGGACGGAUUUUGAGCAGCUCAAGACAGAUAAUCGUACGUGUAAAGAGAAGUUUGAGGAGCGCAGUGAGGAGUUACUCAAGUUAAAAAAGAAGAUUGCCAACUCUGUACAGGCCAUUACCUACGUGAAGAGAAAGAUGCAUUUCAUGCAGAUGGAUAAUAUGGUAAAACGCACUCAGCUGGCAGAAGCGGAUGCAUUGGUGGCUCUCAAACGUGACAUGCUGACACGCACCCGACAGGCUCGUGACAACCUGCGUGCUGACAACCUUAAGCUGCAACAGCAAUGUGGCCUGCUGGGUAACACUCCACUGCUCCGGGACUUUGAAGAAAGGGUAGACACCUCGGAAAGCCUGCAGCAGAGACUGGAGACACUAAAGAGACGCCAAGCUGAGCUCAUAUUGAAGUGUGCUGGUGUAAAGCAAAAGGUUGAGCAAUGCAAACCAGAGGGCAAAUGACAACACAUUCACAUUUGGAUUUAAAGAAUUAAAUACUGAGAAAUAUUA